UCACAAAUACAACAUGUCUGCCAUUUGAUCAAGUUGAGCUCAGUAUAAAAAUUAUUAAAUAAGAAACAGGAGCCACAGUUACCAAAAGAACAUCAGAUGUAUCGAGUUCAUGCCAAAUUCUUCCGCGACUAAUGUUAACGCGGAAUUCGUUUACACAAAGUUCGUGAAUAGAUGAUAUAAAGCGCGUGUGUUUAGUUAGUCAGUGAUACCGUAGCUAAGGAGAUCGGAAUGGUUUAUCGCAUAGUACAGAAAAAUUUCCUGUCGGUGUUCGACGUUACUACUACGAUGCUGGUCAAGUUAAUAUGUUUAUUGGUGCUGGUGUGGUCAGUGCAGGGCUUACAGCUGGACAACCAGGCGUCCACGAGGAGGCCGAGGGUCACCAAGUACAGCAAGACUACCAUCGCGCCUGGAGGAUCAACGGAAGCAGUAACAGAGAGGAGCCUGAACACGGCGACGUACCGCCUGCUGGGCAGGGACGGGGAGACGUGCAUCCUACUGAUGGUGGACGCGCUCCUCGACAUAUCAUACGUCACCAAACUUAACGAGAGAACUGAUGCGAACACGUUCGUCCCGAACAACGCCAACGUGGCCGGAGCGUGUAAGGAGAGCGAUGCAGAGACACUCCUGCUCACCUUCAAGGACUUCGCUCUAGAAUUCUCAUUUUCUAAAACACCAGGAGGAGAGCGUUGGUACGCGGACAGUCUUCGCCUAACUUACAACUCGAGCGCUCGGAUCCUCGAACAUGCAGCCAACCAGGGCCGGAAGGUCACGCUCAGCACAGACUCCAGGGAGCUCCUGUUCCCCACUCCAGUUGGCAAGUCCUACACAUGUCCUGAAGAAACCAUCAUUGAGUUGGCGGAGCAAGAUGCCAAUCCCGCUACAGCACACCGCGCCAAACUGUACCUUCGUGAGAUGCGGCUGCAGGCUUUCAUGUACAAGCGGGGCGGGGAGUUCGGUCCGUCGUGGGCAUGCGCCCGGGCAGCGCGCGCCCGCGCCGAGUCCGCGCCCGUGGCCGUCGGCGCCGCACUAGCGCUCGCCACCGCCGCCACACUCUGCGCAUACGCCGCCUGGCGCUACCUCAAGGUCAAGAAGGUAAACUUCUUUACACUUAAAUGAAAGUGUAUUUCUAUAAAAUUCUAUCUUCUAUCUCUAAUUCUCUAUUUCUUUUUUAUUUUCGAAUCUAAUGAUUAUUCUUCUAUGUUCUUUUAUUCUUUUUACGAGAAGAAAAUGAGUUUUUCUUUCCUAAAGAAAUGAUAUUUGUAAGAAAGGAGUUUUUUAUCGUAGGUCGUUGAUAUAGUGAGAUCUAUUAAGAUUGUUCUGAAUGCCAAGUGGUUUGUCUUAGUACGGUAGACCAAAAUGUUGUUAUGUGUAAGAACUAAGAAUCAAGUGAGAUUUAUAAAUGAUAUUAUGCUAUGUUCACACUUGUGGGUAUAUUUAGGGCAUCUUUGUAUUAAGCUCACCUGUAAAAUGUCCUUUAAAAUCUUAAUAAGGGCAGAAAGACACUGAUAAUUAUCUACAUCUAUUUUUAAUGGGAAAAUUAAUACAUGAGGUAAACAAUUUUUUGGUACACCUUGAGUCUAUUACAGGAACGGGACUUAACAUAUCAUUUGAAGGAUAUUUUCCUUUAUAUUACCUUUUAUAACAAUUAAAAUAUUACAAAUGAUAUCUAAAAUACAUAUCUAUCAAUGUCCUAAAUAUAUCCACAAGUGUAUGCUACGAAACUAUUAUAAAAUACGUUUUUAUAAUAAUAUUCUAGAAUCGUAGAGGGAAAGCGGCAUCUGCUUGUCAAUUUGACAUUUUUGGAAUUAGCUAGCGAUUGAAAAAAUGUUGUUGGAGAUUUUUAAAAGUCAGCGAAAAUAUGUCUAUUAUUACUAUAAUUAUAAAAAUAUUGAAACAGAAAUGAAAUACAUUAUAAUACAUAUCUUUUUUGAGGUUCAGAAUUUAUUAUGGAAACGUAAAGAAGAGCGUGAAAAAAAUAACUUUGAAUGAAAGUUAGUGAUGUGCAUCACAUGUCGAUAAAAUGCUCGAUAUGUCAACUUUAGAAUAGUUACAGUAUAAAUAAAAAUAUUAAUCAAAUUACUGUUUUAUAUUUAUAUGUAUGUUCAAGGAUUCUCAAAUAAUCAGAAUAUAAUACUGAAGUUGGAAUCUAUAAAGCGUUUUUGGUGUAUUAGUGAUAUGUCACUGUCACUGUCAGUUUGCUGUCAAAAUACGAAUGUACAACAAAAACGGUUCAGUUGCCAUUACAAAAAAAGAGGAUAUUAUAUAUUCGCUUUAUAGAUCUCACGUUCAGUGAUUGUUUAAAGUUUAAUGAUGUUGUUGAUGGUUGAUAUAAUGUAAAAAUGUAUUUAAUCCCCAUGUAACCCCAAAUAACCUAAAUAAGAUAGUUUUAUGAGAUGUAUAACUUGGUUUUAAAGAGAAAAUUGGCUUACAUAUAAUUUGAAAUAUUGUUAGAAAAUAGUAUAGUGUAAUAAUUUUAUUAUGGGUGUAGCCAAUGUUACUGCAAUUUAAAUAAGAAGUAAGAAUCAUUGUCAAACCAAAACAUUUUAAGGCCAGACUCUUUAAAAAUCUAGCCAAGUAACAAAAAUAUGGAUUCUUGCGUAUUAUUUUUCCGGUGUUCGAAUUUUAAUUUUAGAUAGGUUCAAUGUAUUUAAAAAUCAGUCAUAAAUUUAUUGUUCACAAUUAAUUUCCAAAAGAAAUAAAGAUAUUUUAUGCUUAUUUUAUUUGGGAAACAAACAGAUAUUAUCUAACAACUAAUUAAUUAUAAAAACAUAGCCAAAGCUUAAUUCAAAACAGUUUCACACUUAAAUUCGCGUAAAAAUUAAAAUACGUAAUCUUGGCUACACUCAUAGAUCACGCAUUAAGUUAAAGAGAACUCGAAUUAUUUAAUCAUAUAAUCAUAGUUAAUCGAUCAUUACUCAUAAAUACAUAUCAAAGGAUAAUAAAAUAUAAUUUUUAAUUAAAAUUAUCAUUGUAAUUAUAAAGGAUAUAUUAAUUUGUGAUUGUUUGCGGUGUAGUGUUUACUACAUUCGUUAUUACGUGUACAAGCAAUAAAACGUUUUUAUUGAAUGCCGUCGGUACGACAAUGUGGCUGAUUAGGUGUUGUAUUUGUGUGCAAAACUUGGUAUCGCCUAGUGUUCUUAUAGUUUUAAGUAAUUAACAUUUAAGUGGACAUUGUAUAGAUACAAUUUAUAUUAAUUUCUAGUUCGUAAAGUAUCUUUUGUGUAUAUUUUACUGCUGUACGCGAUUUUUAAUAUAUUUACAUUUGUUUAGAGUAUAAAAUAGCGUUUUUUAUAAAAACUGUGUUUUCGUAUGUUUUCGAUAUUAUAUUAUUGUUAAAUCCAUUGUCAAAUCUACCUCUACAAUCUUCCAAACUACAUAUUUUGUAUUAUUUUUCUAAACUUUAAUUUUACUACAGCUUGCAUAGAAUAGGCGUAACCUAUAUUUUAAAGAUAUACCUUUUAGCAUUUAAGUUUGUAUAGGGAAUACAUAUUUUAGAGUAAUGAAUGAUAUUUUUAUUAAAGGUAUUAUAAUCUCUGACACUAGUACCAAGUUUUGCUAGUUUAGAUUUGCUGUGUGUUACGCUUCAUGUGAAAGUCAAAUGACUUUAUAUUAUUUACACUAAAUACUCAUCAAUUAAUUACACAUAUCUUUUAUUGAUAAACUAAGUUAAAUGUGGACAUACGUUUGUGAUCAUUGUUGUAUCAUAAGUUAUAAUUUGUAUGGAGUUAGGGCUAGAUCUAAGUUAGGUUUAUAGUCCCUUGAUCGCUUAGCUGUACAUAGCCUUCGUUUGACAUCGGCUCCUUGCUUUGUUUUCGUAUAUUUAAAUUUUUCGAUAUAUUUAUUACAUUACAAUAGCUUUUCUCAUUCUAUUGUAUGUACAUAUUUCUUGACUAAGUAAGCCACUUUUCGAAUUUUACCAUUUGGACUAGCACUGUUUCUCUUCAACGUUUUUACUCUUAAUAGAGCUCGACUUGAGAUCGAUUUGGGCUUGAAGAGGCACUGACAUAAGUAAAAGUGGGUUCCUAAUUGUUUUUAUAUGCACAGCAAACUGCUAAUCCCUUUAAACUGACAUGAGAGAUUAUUUUUCGCACAAAACGAUAAUUUAACGCAAGAUUUCGGGAUUAAAGACGGGUUUUACCAUAGUUUAGUCGGGCUCUAACUAUCUUAUAAAGAAUUAUAAAUUUAAAAAUUCAUUUUAAGAAUUCUGAUGUUUCUGAAAACUUUUUCUACUAGAUGAGAAAUGAGAAAAAAUAAUAAUUAAAUAAAAUAUAUAAUUCUAUUUUCCUAAUAUUUUGUAUUGUACUCCCGUAGAAUUUUUUUCCUCAAUAGUUUGGUAGCAUUACGUACAUAUCGGUGCGUUUGUAUUAAUGAUAUUGUACUAAAAUAUUAAAAGCCAUACGAUUUGUCUUCCAGUAACUGAUCUAUUAUAUCAAUAGCGAGUAUUGUAGCUUAUUAUAUACAUAAUUAUGAAUAUAACGCAAAGGUGGUGAUGUUACGGGUUUAAAAUUAUAUAUUGUCCUCCCCUCCACAUAUUUUUGAAGGUUUAAAACCUAUAAGAAUGAUGUUACAAAUCUAUUUACCCUGUAAACUUAAUUGUGCUAAUAACGUAUUCAGAUAAAAUUAUGGAAAUGUCAAGUAAAACCGUAAUAGACACCACUGAUUAGUAUUUAAGUGACAUAUCUCAAAAUUAUUGUAACUUAGUGCGUUCAUUUAUUGAAUUGUCUUUAUGAAUAAAUGACGACAAAAUA